AUGGGUUGGCUUGAGCCAUACAAACCAGUUCGUGGAGAAGUACACAAUGAUGAUAAAGGCGUCGUAACAUUCUCCAACUGGUGGAAGAGUGGAACCGGUUUGGUAAUCCGAGCGAUGCAUCAUCAAAGGAAAUGGAUUCCGCCGCGGCUUACGGGUACACCUAUCAAGACAGAACUCCGAAUCCUACAAAGUGGAAUUUGGUAUACUGUAUUCGUCGCUAGUACAGGUACAGACCAGAUGAAUUCACAUAUCUGCACUACCGGAAGGUCUCGACGCUCGGAACCCAAUGGAGCGGAAGAUUAG